GAAACAUUUGAAAGCUGCAGGACAUCUCAGAGAUCAUCUGAUCAGACUUUCAUUUUAUAGCUUAAAAAUGGAGACCAGGCAAAAUGCAUUGUCUUGCCCACAGUUAUGUUGUUCAGAACAGGAACCCGUCUUUGACAUUCAAAACCAAGUCUUUUCCCCUGUACCAGCUGUUCCCCAUCCUUUCACAACCCCAAAUGCCUUUUAUUAUAAUUUGAUAUCUCCCUGGGUGCCAUGUUUUGAAAGAUUGUGUCUAUUAACGUAUAUUCAUUAGUGGUGUGUUUUGUUUUUUUUUAAAUAAAAAUCAGGUCUGUAGCUACCAAUCAGACCUUCUGAUCAACGAAUAUGUGGUGAAUAAUGCUUCAUUGAUUUUAAGUCUCCUCAUGUAGAUGUGGCUGAUAUUGUUUGAGGGGGGAAAAAUAUUGGGCUUUGAAUAUUGAAAUUAGCUUAGAGACCUCCAUUACUAUCUUCAUAAAACUUUAUAAAAACCUUAGAUUAGGAAUUGCUGAACUAUGUCAUGUUCUUGAUGCAUUGUGAUCUGCCAAGUGUGCUAAAUAAAUAGUGACUAUGGUGGUUUUCAAGGGCAAAAGAAAACCCGAUCAUUCAGACUAGAAUGAUACGUAAAUAUUUUCAGUUCAUAGUAAGUUGUAUCAGCCCAGGACUAAAGCUGUGUUCUGUGUAGUAUACACAGAAUUUUUUAAAAGAAUAAUUGUGGAAAGGAAAAUAAUCUUAACUUCAGAAGUAGAGAGUGUAUGAGAUGAAGAAGGUGAUAUUUAAAACCAUAGAGUAAAAAUGGCUUCUGAAUCAUUUGCAUCUUUUUUGGGGGGGGGGCAAAAUGAUUAAAUUAAAAAUUGUUUUAAUUACAGACUUAAAACUGAUAGGUUUUGUAUUAAUUCAGGGACUGUUGUAUAGAUCUGGCUAGAAUGUGCACUAAAAAAACUUAAGUUUCCAGUUUCCUGGUAUGCCACGUCUCCUGGGAAAGGCUGAGUAAUUUUCACAUUGAAAAGAAGAAAAGAUGUGGAGUGGGCUGCUACCUCCUGGCCUAAAUGAAAGUGAUGUUGAGUUGAAUUCUGAAGAUGAAGACACAAUAGAGAACUCUGGACCUAACUUACAGGAAGAUGAAGAAGCUGGGACCAUUACAGAAACAGAGAUCACGGAUUUCCCUGCAGAUGGACCAAACACUGAAGCAGAGGCGAAUGUAAAUGCAUAUGAAGAGUGUCCUUCUGGAGUUCCCUUACAUAUAUGGAACAAAUUUCAAGAAUUGCAUAAAAAACAUUCUGAACAGAAAAUCUCAUCUUCAAGAUUUAGAAGGAAAAAAAGAAAACGCUCCAGAAAAGGUAAAUUGAAGAAUGAAGAAGAAUCUCAUAGUGAACAGUCCUCAAGUGAAACCCGGUUGAAGGAACUUACUCAGUAUUUUGGAGUCAAUGACAGAUUUGAACCCCCUGUUAAAAAGAAAAAAAUUGAGAAGUCGGGCCUUGAAAAGAGCAUAGACCAGGCUGUGGAAGAGUGGAAUAUUGAGAAGGCCGAGGAGCUCAGCAACCAGCUAGCUACCCGAGAGCUUGGUGUAAAAAUUGCCAAAGCGAUUGCCUGCCAUAAAUUUGUAAAAGCCAAAAAGGAAGCUGAAAAUUCACAGGCUGCUCGAAAAAAGAAGAAACUUGCGUGGGGAUUUGAAGCAAAGAAGCGAUGGGAAACCAAAAGCAACAUGGGCUACAUGUAACUUGCCAGAGUUCAAGACAGUGUGUCUGUUCCUAAGUCUUCAGUUGCUCAAAAGACUGAAGACAUCCCUGCUUAUGUUAAAGAUGUCAGGAAACGGAUAGAAGAAGGAAAAAAUAAGCAUAACACUUGGAGGGUGACCAUCAGUCCUUUUCUAAGGCGUUCAGCCCAUUGAGGUGAAUGGGACGGAGGGCUCUGUUGGUGCAGGAGUCUGAGUGCUCGCACAGGGAAGGAUCGGCUUUAUCUACUUACUUACAGAGACCUGCAGUGUAAUCGACUGCACUUUUCAUCCGUUUGGUAUAGCAUAGCCGUUAAGCUCCUUGUACUUUGUCAUCUGCCCUCAGUGGAACUGGACUCAUUCUGGAAUUGUGUUUUCAAGAUUGGCAUUUUUGUGUAUAAUGGAUUUGUCAUAAGUGUAAGAAAGUCUCCACUGAUAGUCUCUACAAAUGACUUCAUCUUACUGUUUUAAGAGUAAUGAUUGGUUCUUUAUUGGGUGCAGUGGAGUUGAUACUUGACAGUAACAUAAUAGAAGCAAUUGGUUGGUUUUAGUGCCUUCAGAUAAAAUAUCUCAAUAAAACAAAGACAGCAUGUAGUGUUUGGAGGACGAUUGAAAUUCAGCUCUUGCUGGAAAUGUCUUCCUAAAUAUCUCAGCCCAGCCAUGUCAUUCCUUACAUUAUGAGAUGAUUCCUAGAAGCGAAAAUGGUAUAAUUACAUUAGAAUGUUAUAACUCAAGACAAUAUAACUUGGAACCUUCUAA